UUGCGUCACUUCCGGCUGCUGUCGAGCCCUCAUAACAUCCACUGGAGCCGCGGCUGAGAGCUAAACGGUGCAUCUAUUGUCAGGACGUUCUCUACCGCGCACAGAAAACAGCAGCAUGUCAGACACGGAGACAAAACCAUCCAGCCAAGACGGGGGGGACAAGAAGGAUGGAGACUACAUCAAGUUAAAAGUGAUUGGUCAGGACAGCAGCGAAAUCCACUUUAAGGUGAAAAUGACGACACAUCUAAAGAAGCUGAAAGAGUCUUACAGCCAGAGACAGGGCGUCCCGGCCAGCACGCUAAGGUUUCUCUUUGAAGGACAGAGAAUUGCAGACAACCAAACCCCAAAAGAGCUGGGCAUGGAGGACGAGGACGUCAUCGAGGUGUAUCAAGAACAGACUGGCGGACUUUGGAAUGAUUAAGCCUCCUGCGUUUUUAAAUCUUUUUUUUCUUUUAUUUUGUAUUUUAUUUUGUAUGUAUGUACGUAUUUUUUUCGUUUGGUUUCAAACCAUCUGGAUCAAAAACGGACUCAACCAGGGCUUCCAUGUUGUUGUGAGGGCGGCGAGGUGAACGGGCCGAGGCCGAGGACGCUCACGGUGCCGAGCGGAGAGAUGAAAUUCACAGACGGGCAUCUUUUUCUGUUUGUUGGUGUUUGAAAACCACGCCGUGUUGUUCCGAACUGAAGGAACAGUUCAGCCACAGCUGAAAAUGUGCAGCUUGUUUCAGCUCCCCGAUAAAAAUCCAAGUGGCCGUGCUUUUAAGGUCCGCAGAGUUCAACUGUUGAUCUUUUAGAUCUUCAGCUGUGGAAGCCGUUCUUGCAGCAAACGGACGAUAGUAAAAAUGCGGUUUGGAAAGAGACGUCCAAAGUACUUAUCGUGUGGAUUCUUUACAGCAGGGAUGUCAAACUUAUUGUAUUCAGGUUAGUUCCACAUUCAGCCUGAUUUGAUCUCAAGUUUCCAGUUAAAUCACAAAAUAAUAACCCAAAUAUAACAGCAAGUCCUAAUGUUUUCUUUGGUUUACUGCAGAAAUGUUCAUUUAAGGAAUAAACUUUUUACAAAACAUUAUAAACAUCCUGAAAUUUCUUAAGAAAAAUAAAUGUAAUUUCAACAACA